AUGGAUUCCUUUACACGUCAGCGAAGGGGCUCUGGAGGAAGGGAUAUCGAGGUCCCUGCUGGAGCUUCUGAGCCAGAUUAUCAGGCAGCCUUGGGCCAAGAGGACAGCGAGCAACAGCCUGCACCUGUACGUCUAGGAGAAAUGUCUCCGGGCAUGUUGGAGCAGGGCGGGGUUCCGGCAGAGCCGGAGACGCCUGCCAACUUGUUUGUGGCAAGUCCUUUUCAUUCUGAGAAGGUGAAAUCAGAAGUGGAGCUUCUCAGAUCGAGACCGGCGACGUUGGAUGAUGACGGAAGGCGUGCUGGAAUCGAUUACGAUGAGGCAGCUCUUGGAGAUUCGAGCUUUUUGAGUGGCGGCAGGGAACCGGACUAUAGCUUAGCUGGCCAUGGAUCUCGUGGAGGAGCUCCUAAGCUGGCCCGAGUGGAGAUAGCAGGCGAGCAUGCUGUUGAGCAGUCUGGUGAAGCCGAGGAGCAAAAGCCUGGCAUAGUUGAGGUGCAACCUGAGACUGGGCGAGGCUGGGAAAUUACUGGCAAGGGUCGGGGUGCAAAUCCGAGGGAUGGAUCCGCGAGCACUUUUGCUGGUGAGAAACCGGGAGCUUCAGACGCUCGAGAGCUCAUUCCUGACUCUGGUUUUUCCAGGAUGGAACAGAUGAUGUUGCAAGUGAUGCAGGAGAAUGCUGCUCUGCGGCAGAGACUGGAAGCGGUGGAGUCUCAGUCAAGCGGCCUGAGUGGAGGAACCUGUGUGACAGCGCUCGAAGCUCAGGUCAGUUCGCCGAUGUCUUUCGCUGGGAAUGUACAGAGUUGCGUGGCCGCGCCACGAGAGAAUCGUCUUGUACAGAUGCCGAGUGCGUUUCCGGGCAACGAUUUCCAAGGAUAUUUGGCUGGCGUUGAGGAUUUUGCGCGUGGGGAAAAGGGGAUACCGAGUCAAGGCGUUCCAGGGUCUUCUCCCACUGUUGCAGAGGGGAUCUCGUCCUUUAGCGCUCCUGGGGCAUUUCCUGAGGAACCAGCGAAGUACAUUAUCGACCUGCCUAAGCUUGCUGCUGCUGACUUGACCACUAGCGCCGUAACAUGUGGCAACUGGCUUGCGCAGACACGCCAGGUUUUCGCGGGGCUUUCGCCGUCAGCGUCUGUUUGGUUCAGCUCGGUUGAGGGCGUGGCUAAUGCAAGCUAUCAGCGUUGGCUUGUAGCAGAUCCGUUGGAACGGCUAGCUCUCGAUCCCUCCACGGUUGUUGCUCACUAUGAUGCCGUCAAGUACCAGCGCGUAGAAAGUAGGGCAGCCCCAGACCCCAAGCUUCCCAGCACAUCUGCAUCUUCUCAGACGCCGAGUCCCACUGUGGCAGCGGUAUUUGGAGAGGCGGACGCUGGUAAAGGCAAAGUAGGUGCUUGGCUUGUGGUCAGAGCGGACACUACCGGCCGGACUGUCCGAUUGUCCCAGCAGAGCUCAGACAGGAAUUCUGAAGCCUCUAGUGCUUCGGGCGCCAAGGAAGCCUUGUUUGCUGAAGCAGCCAAGCUUUUGCAAGGUGUCACUGAAUUGCACGUUAACGAGUAUGGGACCUUGCUUAGCCCUGUUGAUUGCCAGCUCAUAUUGAGUGUGUUUCCUGGGAUCUCGGAUUGGGUGCUAGAGAGGUUAUGCUUAGUGUAUAUGGUGGCGCAGGCAGCUGCUGAGAACACUGCUUGUGAAGUUACCGAGCCGCGUGAGCCUGCUGGUGAGGGCGAGUCAGGGUCCGGAGAGCCUCCUCAGGGUCUUGAUGAUCCUCAUGAAAUAGCCUUGUGGGCUUUACGGAGGGCCGCUGUCAAGCUUCAGAUGUCGGCUGAGCCGGAGUUGAGUGACCUAAAAGGGGGGCCCCGAGCUGCAGAGAGUCCGCCUGUAUGCAAAGGUGGUCAGACAGAGAGGGCUGUCUUCUUUGUCUUAGAGGGGUCCUUUGAUGGGUUGACUAGGCCUGAAGAAGUGGAAGGGCUCCGUGAGGCAUAUGGGUUGUACCGGGUAUCUUUUGAUCAGGGAUGUCUGGGAAAUUUGGCGCGGGAUUCCACUGUCCUUGUGACCUCUUCGUGGGAUGUGUUCGAGAGCCUACAUGCCCUGCGGGUUCCGGAACAUAUUCAAAUGCCUGAGUCUUCGAGGAUCAAUGGGAGUCGCCAGCGGAGUCAUUGGCGAUCUCGGAUCACCACCUUGUACUCUUUGAGUGUCGACAUUGCUGGACCGUUCAAGGAUGGUCGCAGUUUUGACCCGAUUGCGUCUGGCAGGGAUCGUGGACGUGGCUAUAAGUACUUCAUUGCUGCAGCGUACUCGAUACCCUUGAGUCCCGAGUUGCGACCUGAUUUGAGUCCUCCUGAUGAUCUAGCUGAGUAUUGUCCUUCUGAGUGUGAGCAAGAAGCUGCAGGGGUAGGACCUGUAGCCGAUGAGGCGUCUGAGGAUUGCUCUGAGUGGCUGGACGGGGUACAUGAGCAGCUCCUGGCCCUGAUUUACCGGGGAACGCUGCAGACGGGGCAGAAGAGGUUGGAGUCGUUUGGGUACCCUGUUCACCGCUACUUCGCAGACCGUGCUAAAGAGCUGAGGAGCCAUGCUUUGAUUCAGUGGCUUCGAGAACGCGGCAUUCGUGCCUCAUUUACCGCAGGAGAGGAUCCUGCUGGAAAUAAGGCAGAGGUCAGUGUCCAGCGGUUGAAGCAAGAUGCCAGGAAACUCCUUCGCGUUGCCGAUCUGCCAAUCGAGUUUUGGCCAUUUGCUAUUCUUCAUGCUUCGCAAAGACACUUUGUGCAAAUGGCUGAGGCUUUGGGUGUGGGACAGGCUGUCCUUUUACCGUUUGGGGUAUGGUUGCAUGCGCGAAAGCGUUUGAAGUCGGGUCAUAAGAAGCAUUGGGAGACACGAACUGUUCCGGGCAAGUACCUGGGGGUUGCAACUGAUUGUGCUGGUGGGCACCUGGUGUUAAUCCAGGAUGGGUCCGAGCAGCGUGUUUUGCUAACCAACACUGUCUACCCUGUUGAUCCUUUGACAGUUGAUGGUACGACCGUGAAGCUUCUCUUUGGAGAUUCUGGUGUUUGGCUGGGAAAUAAGCUUGAGACUGGUGACUACAGCACGGUUGAGGCAUUAGAGGAUAGGUGGGUGAUUGCUGCCUAUGCUCCUCGGGGUACAUGGAAGAUUCUGAACGAAUACGCUCGUGAGCUUGAGAGCUUGGGGUUCGAUUCUAAAGGGUUGGAUCACCUUUUCGCUGCAGAGCGUGCUUCGAUUUCAAAGUUUAAUGCUGAGGGUGAUGAGGACUUGACCUCUGAGGGGCUUUGGGAAGUUGAGUUUCCUUGUGAAGUGUUGAAGCCUGGUUGGCGUGAGCACGUUUUAAGAAAUCACCUGUCCUCAGCUUUGGCGUGUAAAGUCCUUGUGAAGGAGCUUAGCUGUUUUGGAAAUGAUGAUGUAGGCUACGAAUUGAUUCGGACCUUGAAGUCGGUUGAAUGCCAGCGCGAGUGGUAUGAGGGACUUCUGUGGGAUGACUUUGUCAGGAAUUCUGGGAGUAUGUUAAAGGCUUUGAAUCAGGAUGUUCCUCUGAACCCGGAAGACCAAACCAGCCCUGCCGAAGCUUUUCUCCAAACGAGGACAGUAAGCUUAGCUGAGGCAAAGGGUGAAUUGGUGCUAUGGAUACCUUCGGCUACUGAGGAAGUUGUCUCUUUGGAACAAACGAAUGAGGCUGUUGAGCGCAUUGUCGUGUCGGACAUUGAGCGGUUGAUUCAAGAAGGAAAAAGGGUAACCCAGGUUCCAGGAAAGGCAGUCCUAACCAGGAAGGCUGGUGUUGGGAAACGCCGAUUCAGGUGUGUCGCGUGUGGGAACUACAUCCCCACUGGCUCUCCUGAUUCCAACAACCUUUAUGCGAGUGGCGUUGAAAGCUUGACUGUCAGAACGGCAUUAGGUUUUGCUGCUUACCGUGGUUGGGCAGCUUUGAGCGCCGACAUAAGGACGGCCUUCCUUCACGCGCCGUUGGACGGCGAGCUUGAGUCCGAAGAAAUUAUCGUUGUCAGGCCUCCAUCUAUUCUUGUAGACAUGAAAAUUCUUUCCCCGAAUCAUCGAUGGCGCGUGCGUAAAGCACUGUAUGGGUUACGACAAGCUCCCUUGGCUUGGGCCCGGUUCCGAGAUAAGUCAUUGCGGGUGCUGACCUUUCAGUGUGACGGUGCAUGGUAUGCCUUGCAGCAGGGUGUCAGUGAUGAUUCGCUUUGGUUCAUCACUAAAAGCGAGAUUGCCGAGGAUGACACUGAGCGUUGGCAUGGUAUCUUGAUCAUUUACGUUGACGAUCUUUUGGGUUUCGCUUCAUCGGUGAUCCUUAGUGCCCUUUUCGAUGAAAUACAGAAGCUGUGGAAGCUUUCGGAACCCGAGUGGAUUCGGGAGGAGGCUGCCACUAAGUUCUGUGGGUUGGAAAUCCAGGCCCUACAACGAGGAGGGUAUCACAUAUCGCAGGUUUCCUAUUUGCAGGAGCUUUUUGCAAGAUACGACGUCACAAGCAGUGCAAGUGCGCCCUUGAGUAAUUGGACUGAUCCGGAAAAUGAGCAACAGGUGCAGUUGGAGACUGUCCGGAAGGCGCAAGCCCUGACAGGUGCUUUGCUUUGGGCUUCGUCGAAAACCAGACCCGAUAUUGCUUUUGCUGUCAGUAAACUUGGGCAAUAUGCUGUGAAGGCGCCAAGCAUUGUGAUUGAGAGCGGGCAUCAAAUCCUGCGCUACUUGUAUGGUACGGCGGACCUGUGGCUGGAAUACCAGAAGCCAAGCGACAAUUCCUGGCUUGACGCUCCGGUUCCUCGAACUUUAAAUACUCUGGAGUUGUACACCGACGCUUCCCAUGCCCCUAACGGGGGGCGAUCUUGCCAAGCGAUGGUCAUCCUAUGGGGAGGAAAUGUGUUAUGCUGGGAAUCCUGUCGUCAACCGUUUGUGACUCUGUCCUCUACGGAGGCAGAGCUAGUUGCAGUCACCGCCGGAAUAGUUGCUGCAGAAUCAAUUGGGGGCAUCAUUGAGGAAAUGAUCGAGUCCGACAUCACGGUCUCUGCCUUGUGUGAUAACCAGGCAGCGGUAAGGUUGUCUUCCAGCUUCGGAUCCCAGGGAUCUGUCUCUCCCCGGACCUUAGCGGGUCUUGCAUUGGUUGCUGUGUUGUCUGGUGAUGGGUCUGAACAGUUCUCUGAAACUGAAUUGCUGGAGGCGCAGCGCAAACUUCAGGAACGGGAGCGCAGCAGUCAGCAGGUUCCUCCGAGUGGUGUUGAAAGCUUGACUGUAAGAACGGCAUUAAGCCUUGCCGCUUACCGGGGUUUGGCAGCUUCGAGCGCCGACGUACGGGCGGCAUUCCUUCACGCGCCGUUGAACGGCCAGCCUGAGUCCGAAGAGAUUGUCACUGCGCAGUCUCCAUCCAUUUCCGUGCUGAAUCUCCUUGACUUAGAAGAUGACCCUACUCCAGAUGAUAGGAGUGAUAGGCGCUGGGUCGUACUUCUCUAUGUUCUCUGGUUAGUCCUGGGCGGCAUUCUUCCUAGUUCUGCAGAGGUAGUAACCUAUGGGGAUGAACCGGUUUCUUUCGGCAGGUGGGAUGAACCGACUGGUAGCUCCACUGGGGUUGGCGAUGUGUGUCUGGAGGAUGAGCAAGGGUCUAGCUCUGAAGAAGCCGGGAGCUGGGACUGGUGGCUGUGGGUUGCCUGCGUGAUUGGAAUCUGGGAAAUCGUUCGUGCCUUAUCUCUUCGUGUGUGCAGAAGUAGAAAGACAGUGCAGGAUCAGGCAGUCAGCGCCGAAACGGUGCCGUGGCCUUUGCAUCCAGGUAUCCCUCACCGAGCGAACAUCUUGUACUGCUACUGGCGUGCAGGAUACGUGUUUGACGUACAAGAAUAUCCUGAAGCGGUUCAAUCACGAUUUUAUGGCCUCCUAGGCUCUCACCUUGAGAGGCGUGACAGAGAUGGCUUGUCCUCCACAGACUCUUCUGAUUGA